UCGUUUUAACCCUCUGUUGCUCAUUCUGUCGCUCCUGAUUUGUACGCUACUAGCUUGCUAUGUGACAUUUUACAUUUGUUUUAACUAAUUCCUGCUACAGUUUGCGGUGGUCGUUGCAGCUGCUGGCAGUGGUGGCUCAGUUUUCUCAUGCUAUUGUGAGGAGCUGCCGCUGCUCUCCUGACUGCGGCCAUCUAUGGCGUCCGUGUACAGCGGGUCUCAUACCUUGAGCAAAGAUGAUGUGAAUUACAGAAUGCAUUUCCGAAUGAUAAACGAGCAGCAGGUUGAAGAUAUCACCAUAGAGUUUUUCUACAGGCCGCACACGAUAACGCUGCUGACAUGCACGGUGCUCAGCUUGAUGUACUUCGCGUUCACAAGAGAUGAUGGAAAUCCCGACAGUAAUCUCUGGGUGGGGCUCAUCCUGGUCAUCUCCUUCUUCCUUGUCAUCAGUGUUUUGGCAUUUCCUAACGGACCAUUCACCAGACCACAUCCAGCAAUAUGGCGAAUAGUGUUUGGUCUGAGUGUCCUCUACUUCCUGUUCCUGGUUUUCAUCAUCUUCCUCAACUGGCAGCAGGUGAAGCAGCUGAUGUAUUGGUUGGACCCAAACCUGCGCUAUGCCAAGAGAGAGGCAGACGUAAUGGAGUAUGCUGUGAACUGCCAUGUCAUCACCUGGGAGAGAAUCCUGAGCCAUUUUGACAUUUUUGCAUUCAGUCAUUUCUGGGGCUGGGGUAUGAAGGCCCUGCUCAUUCGAAGCUAUGGCCUCUGCUGGACCAUCAGUAUUACUUGGGAGCUUACUGAGCUCUUCUUCAUGCAUCUGCUGCCUAACUUUGCCGAGUGCUGGUGGGACCAGGUGAUACUGGACAUUCUGCUGUGUAAUGGCGGAGGCAUCUGGCUCGGCAUGACUGUCUGCCGCUUUUUGGAGAUGAGGACCUACCACUGGGCCAGUAUUAAGGACAUCCACACCACCACAGGGAAGAUCAAACGAGCCGUGUUACAGUUCACCCCUGCAAGCUGGACCUAUGUACGCUGGCUUGACCCAAAGUCUUCCCUGCAGCGAGUGAUGGGCGUCUAUCUGUUCAUGAUCAUCUGGCAGCUAACAGAGUUGAACACAUUCUUCCUCAAACAUAUUUUCAUCUUUCCUGCAAGCCAUGCUCUCAGCUGGUGUCGGAUCCUCUUCAUUGGUAUCAUCACAGCUCCUACAGUGAGGCAGUAUUAUGCGUACCUUACAGACACGCAGUGCAAGAGAGUCGGGACCCAGUGCUGGGUGUUUGGGGCCAUAGCCUUCCUGGAGGCCUUGGCGUGUAUCAAGUUUGGACAAGACUUGUUCUCAAAAACACAGAUCCUCUAUGUGAUCCUCUGGCUACUGUGUUUGGCCUUCAUUACAUUCCUGGGCCUGUAUGGAAUGGUGUGGGUUGCUGAAAAUUAUGGUCCAAGAGAAAAGAGCCUCUCAGAAUGUGAAGACAGUAAUUACACAGAAUCUGCUGACUACAUGUCAGAAGGUUUUAAAGGAGAGACGGAGGUGGACGGCGACAGCCCUACAACCAGAUGCAGAGGCAAGGGCUCAGGGAAGACCAAAUCCAUCAACGGCCUGGACGGCCAGUAGGAGUUGGAGCUGAAGACCGGUGGGCGACUCCUGAACUCUUUUCAGGGAGCCGGGUGUGAAGGAUCACAGGGUGAAAAGGGGGUAAAGAUACAACCGCUUCCUGGUGUAAUUGAAGUCUAGAAAGCCCCUACCUACAGUAGAGGGGGUAGAGACCGGAGAGACUAAGUGGCUGAACAGGACCAUGCAGUGUUAUUAGGAGUGCACAGAGGCUUGGACUACAGAAAUGCACACUGUGUGCUGUAGUCAUAAAAAAACAACUCCUAAACCACUGAUCACAGGUUUCUGUGCGAGUGAAGGGAGAGUGAAAGAGUGGUAUUUAGUGUGUGUGUGUGAGAGAAAGCAGUGGCAACAAAAACUGCCUUCUCUAGCUGUGACUGCAUGAUCAUUGUAGCUGAUAAACUAUAAUUUACCAACAUUUAUCCUAUGAUACACUAUAUCAUCGAUGGUUAAUGUACAUUUGACUGGUUUACACCAGCUUUAACUCCAGUAUGAUGGUUCACAAGUCAAUGUUAAAAGCCAUUAUGUAGAAUUUAUCACAUUAAUUGGAGCCUCUGCUGUAUGUUUCUAGCACAGAAAGGCUUAAGUCUUUUAAUUAGCAGCUGUUUUUGUCUAUUUACAUCCUAGAUGUUCACACUUGUCUCGUGGGCUUGAAUGUAGGCAGGAUUUCAAUGCAAGACGGCUUUAGCCUGGUAUUGACUGAGGUUUGCGUUUGACUUGGAAUAAAGCAAAGCACACAGUUUAAGCACUUUCCAGAAUGUUUUCUUGCAAAUACUGUACAUUUUGUAAUGUUUGAGUAUUUUGUGAAUCAUUGUGACCUUGAGUGAUUUUACUCUCCUGUCCUUCUGUGGCUGCUAUCAUUAUUUUAAUUUUUUUACUGUACUGAUAACAGAGGGCAAUUAUUCAAAUUCCUGCAUGUGUUGUCAGGAUCUGCCUGUCUGUGUGCAGGUAACUUUGUUUUACUGUCGUCCUUCUUGUUAUUGCAUAUAUUGCAUUUGCAUGGCUGUGUCAAAUCAAAACAAGUGUUUUAGUAGGAAAAUAUUACAAGAGUAGUCAACAGAUCUUUAUAUUACAGCCCACACCAGGAUGCCAGUAUUGUUCUUUUUAUGUCUUUCACUAUCAUUGUACAUUUUAAUUUACCCCUUGUGCCUGUUUGCAUCUUCUUCUUUUUUAUUCCCAACUUUGCAGUUUGUACUAAGACUAAAUUUGUGGCUUUUUGUGUUUGAUGCUUCGAGUGCUUCACUGAAGGUUUAUUUUCGUUUGCUCUGUCAACAUCAUCUCAGUACAGAUAUAUCCCUCGUAAUCCUUGACAAUCCAGACGUUGACCUCUGUGGAAUGGACCAGGCUCCUGUGCUACAGUAGACACUAUAAAUGGUACAUUGUCUCUGGAUUUAGAUGUCAUUUGCCAAAAGCAAUUCUGUUGAAAAUGACUUGUGCUGUUCUUUUUCACUGUGAAACAAUGAAACAUAUUAAAAAUGUUUUACAUUUCCU